AUGCAGGUCGUCUGGGUUGCUGGCUGCCGGCCGAGGCCCACCGGCAGCUCAUUGCAGAGGUGGUUGCCGCGUCCCGGCGGCUCUGAGGUCGGCGGCCUCUUCGUGUACAACCACAAGGGUGUUCUGCUCAUCUCGCGCAUCUAUCGGGACGAUGUCAACCGUAAUGCGGUCGACGCGUUCCGUGUCAACGUCAUCCACGCGAGACAGCAGAUCCGCUCGCCGGUCACGAACAUGGCCCGAACUUCCUCCUUCCACGUGAAACGCGGCAACGUUUGGGUGUGCGCGGUCAGCAGGCAAAAUGUGAACGCGGCCAUGGUUUUCGAGUUCCUCAACCGAUGUGCUGACACGAUGCAGUCCUUUUUCGGAAAGCUGAAUGAAGAAAACGUGAAGAACAACUGUGUGCUGAUCUAUGAGCUUCUCGACGAAAUCCUCGACUUCGGAUAUCCUCAAAACACCGAUCCCGGCGUGCUCAAUACCUUCAUCACCCAACAAGGCGUGCGCACAGCAGCACCGGUGCCCGUGACGAAAGAUGAGCAGUCGCAAAUCACCUGGCAAGUGACGGGGCAGAUCGAAUGGCGUCGCGAAGGGAUCAAGUACCGCCGGAAUGAGCUGCUCUUGGACGUCAUCGAAUACGUUAAUCUGCUCAUGAGUCAGCAAGGACAAGUCCUCUCCGCACACGUUGCUGGCAAAGUGGCGAUGAAGAGCUAUCUGUCUGGAAUGCCCGAAUGCAAAUUCGGCAUCAACGACAAGAUUAGGAUCGAGGGCAAGAAUCGAGCCGGCACUGAUGAUCCGAAUAAGGCGUCUCGAGCCGCUGUCGCCAUAGACGACUGCCAAUUCCAUCAAUGCGUCAAGCUGAACAAGUUCGACACGGAGCACGCGAUCUCGUUUAUUCCCCCGGAUGGCGAGUACGAGCUGAUGAGAUAUCGCACGACGAAAGACAUACAACUUCCAUUCCACGUUAUCCCCCUGUUCAGCGAGACGUCUAGGAACAUGAUGGAGGUCAAGGUUGUCCUCGAGUCCAACUUCAAGCCAUCAUUGCUCGCCCAGAAAAUCGAGCAAUGGAAUCGUCCGCCGGUCAGCAUGUACUUUGAGGUUCCCGUCGCCCCAUCCGGCCUCAAAGUGCGCUACCUGAAGGUGUUCGAGUCUAAGCGGAACUACUCGGACCACGACGUCAUCAAGUGGGUGCGAUACAUCGGCCGCUCCGGACUGUACGAGACCCGCUGC